AUGGCGAAUCGUGGUAAGAAGGUGGAGCACGCUCCCAAGAAGAGGGUUUUGGAGGAACGUGACGCCGUUUCUGACGAUGAAGAUGUCUUGAAUGUCGAGGGAUUGAUCGAUGAGAGCAGCGAUGAUGGGGAGGAUGAUGAGGAAUAUGAAUCUGCUGUGGAGGAGCCUGUAUCAUCAAGUGAGGGAGUUUUCGCCAAAGUUGCACGUGACGGGAAUCGUGCUGAGGCUGAAGGUGAGGAAGAUGAGGACUCUGACGCAGAAUUGAACAAACUUUUGGCCGCCCAAGAGAUCGAGGAUGAUGAAGAAUAUAAUACUUCUGAUUUCUCCGAUGAUAGUGGCGCGAUGACGGACAGGUUAUCUGGCACGAAACUGAAAACGAUCGCAGACCCAAAUAUCUAUACCAAGUUUUCAGACGGCCAACCACGGGUGUUGAAACCUGAGAUCAAACCGGUCUAUGACAGUGAUGAUAGUGACGUUGAGACCGGUAACACCAUUGGUAAUAUUCCUCUGUCCGCGUAUGACGAAAUGCCACAUAUUGGUUACGAUAUCAAUGGUAAGAGAAUAAUGAGGCCAGCCAAGGGUUCUGCGCUGGACAAGUUGCUUGAAAGCAUUGACUUGCCAGAGGGUUGGACAGGUCUCUUAGAUAAGAACUCCGGUUCCUCGUUGAAUCUGACAGAAGAGGAAUUGGAACUAAUAUCCAAGAUCCAAAAGAAUGAACAAACGGACGAAUCUGUCAACCCUUACGAGCCUCUAAUUGAUUGGUUCACAAGGCACAAAGAGGUAAUGCCGCUGACCGCUAUUCCUGAACCGAAGAGAAGAUUUGUCCCAUCAAAGCACGAAGCGAAGCGGGUGAUGAAGAUUGUGAGAGCUAUCAGAGAGGGCCGUAUCAUCCCACCUAAGAAGAUGAAGGAAAUGAGGAAGCAGGAACAAGAAGAGCACACUUACGACAUCUGGGGGGACGCUGAGGAAAUGGACGAGCACGUUAUGAAUCUGAGAGCUCCAAAACUACCUCCUCCAACUAAUGAGGAGAGUUACAACCCUCCGGAAGAAUAUUUGCUGAACGACGAGGAGAGGAAACAAUGGGAGAACACAGAGUACAGUGAGAGAGAGAAGAACUUCAUCCCUCAAAAAUACUCUGCGUUGCGAAAAGUUCCAGGCUACACUGAAUCGAUUAGGGAACGGUUUGAGCGGUCAUUGGAUUUGUACCUUGCUCCUCGUGUGCGUAAAAACAAGCUGAACAUUGACCCCGAGUCUUUGAUCCCAGAGUUGCCAUCACCCAAGGAUUUGAGACCAUUCCCAAUCAAGUGUUCCACAGUUUACAUGGGACACACUGAUAAGAUACGUACGCUUUCGAUUGACCCAUCGGGACUGUGGUUGGCCACAGGGUCUGACGACGGUACUGUGCGGAUCUGGGAGAUUCUAACCGGCAGAGAGGUUUUCAAAAUUGAUUUUGUCGACUCUGAGGAGGAUUCUGAUGAACGCAUUCAUUGUCUGGAGUGGAAUCCAGACGCGACGACGGGUAUCCUAGCGGUUGCCGUUGGCGAGAACAUUCAUUUGAUUGUGCCGCCUAUCUUUGGCUACGAGAUUGAGAAUGUCGGUAAAAGCAAAAUCGAACGCGGGUUCGGGUUUGACACGUUUGGGACUGUGAAGAAGUCAAAUCUAGCUGUUAAUGAUGAGGAUGAGGACGGUGACACCGCUGCAGAGACUUCCUCUGUCAAGAAGACUGUUGCUGAGUGGAACAAACCUUCUCUACGGCAGCAGGAGCGGGACAUAUGUAUCACGAUCACCUGCAAGAAAUCCGUGAAGAAGCUUUCCUGGCACAGAAAGGGUGACUAUUUUGUCAGUGUACAACCUGAAUCGGGGCACACCUCUGUUUUGAUCCACCAGUUGUCUAAACAUUUGACGCAGUCGCCAUUCAAGAAAUCCAAGGGUAUCAUCAUGGACGCGAAAUUCCACCCCUUCAAACCUCAACUAUUUGUGUGUUCGCAAAGGUACGUCAGAAUCUACGAUCUGUCGCAGCAAGUUUUGGUGAAAAAGUUGCUCCCCGGUGCGCGUUGGUUAUCUAAGAUAGACAUACACCCACGGGGUGAUAACCUGAUUGCGUCCUCCUUUGAUAAGAGAGUGUUGUGGCACGAUUUGGAUUUGGCGAGCACCCCUUACAAGACGCUGAGAUACCACGAUAAAGCUGUCAGGGAUGUCUCCUUCCACAAGAGGUUACCCCUGUUCAACUCCGCAGCGGACGAUGGGACGAUCCACGUUUUCCACGCCACAGUGUACGACGACAUGAUGAAAAACCCGUUGAUUGUCCCACUAAAGAAAUUGACUGGCCACAAAGUGGUGAGCAGUCUCGGUGUGCUGAAUACGGUGUGGCAUCCUAGGGAGGCCUGGUUGUUUUCUGCCGGUGCGGACAACACGGCACGUCUGUGGACAACCUAA